AUGUCUUCCUCGUCAGAUUCAGUGUGUCCGCACUUUCCAAUGCAACCGGAUAUUGGUUACACUGAGCCUUUCCACAGUCCCAUAUCGACCUUUGCUGAGAAUGCACCGACAUGUGCCGAUUGCAGUAUACUACUACAGGCCAUAGAAGUUAUUAAACCAGGCUGGGUAAGAGAAAACAAUGAGCAUGGAUUAGUGAACCUGCGGCGAGAAAGAGCAAAAAACGAUUGGAAACUGCCAGUGGUCGUGCCCACGAUGACUCUGGGUCUUUUGCCGCCGAACGAACCAAGGGAUUCCUCCCCCGAAUUGGAAUUACAGCAUACUUUCUCCUUCCAUCUUCUACAUCUGUCUACUAGUGCAGUCUAUGAAUCCCCCGAUUCUCGUUCCCCGGACUCAGGCUCAUUGGCUGCUUUUAAUCGCGCCAGACAAUGGCUCCCACAUUGCAUGCAGCAUGAUCAGGCUUGCAAACCCCCCGACACAGAAUUUAUGCCUCGACGCCUAGUGAACGUGGGCUCGUGGGAUGGAUCCCGGGAAUCUUUCUUGUAUGAGCCUAGGACACCGGUAAUUUAUGCCUGUCUCAGCUACUGCUGGGGGAUCGAUAUUGAUCAGAUAAAGAAGACGACAACUGAUAACAUUCAAUCCCACCAUCAGAGACUCGAGCUAGCACAACUGCCGGCGGCCAUCCAAGAUGCCAUCACCGUUUGUCGUGCUCUCAAGAUCCCAAAUCUCUGGGUUGACUCUCUGUGUAUCGUUCAGGAUGAUAAGGUUGCCUGGUUGCAUGAUGCGUCGACCAUGCAUGACGUGUACCGCAAUUCCCAUUUAACAAUUGCGGCCAUGGAGCCAAAUUCGUAUAACUUGAGGUUCCUAGGGAAACAACAGUUCGGCCAUCCUAGCUGGCAGAGAUUAUUUUGCUGGUGUCUGCAAGAAUCACUUUUGCCCAACCGUCGGCUUUGUUACGACGGCAAGGAAAUGAUCUGGGAAUCUCUAUGCCGCCAGAUCUGCGAGUGUGGACAUGUGGUCGAGCCACAGAUCCCAAGGAAUACCAGUAAAGACUAUGGCAAGCUUGGAACGACACUCAAAACCCACCCUCCAGAGGCUGAGCCUCCGGUCGGUAGAAUGAACGGAUUCAUCCCCAAGCAUUGCUCGCCACCCAUGAUACCAUAUCACAGAUGGAGGGACCUUGUAAUCGACUAUUCCCAUCGCUCGCUCAGCAAAAGGUAUGAUACACUGCGGGCCAUUUCGGCAUUAGCCAAAAUGGUCCAAAAUCGGCUACCCGAGAUAGACGGAUCGCCUGACGAGUAUGUGGCUGGCUUAUGGAACGGCGAACUCCAUUUCGAUCUGACAUGGGAAGUCAAGCCAGUCGAUACACAUGACGUGCCUCCAUCUACUGGUCUUGAAGAUGAUAACGAGACCAAUUAUCUCACCUACUCAUGUACCGAAGCCUUUCAGUUCUGGAAAUAUGAGCCCAAAGCCAUCGAUAUAUAUCAGAUAAAGGUGAUUGACUGCCAAAGAGAGGUGCCAGAAGAUCCGACUAGUGCUGUUAUUGGGGGUUCUCUUGUGCUAGAAGGUGCCUUUGUCCCCGUAAACCUUGUGAAUGAGAGCGAGAGAAAAUUUGCAUAUGUACAGUCCACAGGCGCGCAGAUCUCACCGAUCUCUCUAGACUCGCCGGGCCUUGUCGCAAAUGGGGACAAUCAAUAUUACUGCUUCAGAUUGUACAUCCUUGUGGAAUAUGGAUACGGUCAAUCUAUGAUGGGCCCGGAGACAAGGUUUCUUGUUGUAGAGAGAUCUACAUAUAAGGAGGAUGCUUUUGAAAGGAUCGGCAGGCCGUGUCCUUUGUUUGUAGAUGUCGAACCUGCUACGUUUGAGAUAGUAUAG